UUCUUCUUCCAUCGGCUGUCCUUUCCGAUUCGAAAAAAUCUGGUCUGCAGACAUAUUUGUCUACGGCAGGUCGAACUUUCUUUGAAAAAGGACGGUUUGAGCUGCAAAUUGAACAUCCCGGUCCGCGAUGGCUUCGAAAACGCCUCUGUUGCGAGCUAUUGCGCAACGACAGUAUGCAGCUGGACAAGCUGCGGCCAAGCCCCUGCAGGCGGCAGCCUCGCAGGACGCUAAGACGACCGUGCUGCCCAACAAGCUGGUCGUCGCCUCCGUGGAAAAUAACUCUCCACUUUCCAGAGUUUCUGUCUUUUUCAGAGCGGGCUCCCGUUUUGAAUCGUCCGAAAACCUGGGUGCCGCACACUUUCUAAGAAUCGUGGCUGGAUUGGCAACCAGAGGCGCCAGCCACUUUGCCAUCACGAGGAAUCUGCAGCAGCUCGGCGCCAACCUAACCUGCCAGGUGGGCCGUGAGCACAUCGCGUACACCCUGGAGGCGACCAACGACACCAUUGAGCCAACCCUCAAUUUCCUACUUGAAAUCGCCUCAAAGCAGGCGUUCAAGCCGUGGGAACUGUCGGACGCCGUGCCCAGGCUGAGGUAUGAGCUCGCCGGCCUGUCUGCGCCGGCUAAGGCCGUCGACCUGCUGCACCAGGCAGCUUUCCGCAGCGGCCUCGGCAACAGCCUAUACGUCGCCAAACACAACAUCGGCAAGCUCAGCUCCGAGACGAUGCAGCACUUCGUCAACCAGCACUUCACAAGCGCCAGGUGCGCCGUUGUCGGCGUCGGCGUUGACCAGGAGCUGCUCGUACCGGCUGCCCAGUCUCUGGCGCUUGACUCAGCCAAUGGACCUGCCGCCGUCAAGCCCACCUUCUACGCCAAUGAGCUGAGGCGUGACAUCGCUUCCAACUCAGCCUUCGUCGCCAUCGCCACCCAGGGAGCCAGUGUGUCUAACGCCAAGGAUGCAGUGACGUUCGCCCUGCUGCACAAGGUAGCUGGAGCCGGCCCCUCAGUGAAGUGGAGCAAUGGUGCCGCUACUUCCCCUGUGGCCAAGGCGGCAGCCGCUGCUGCAGAAAACGAAGUAAUUGCUGCCUCAGCCUUCAACACGAGCUACUCCGACGCUGGCCUCUUUGGUGCUGUUGUUGCCGCCCCUAGCAAUGUUGCUGGAAAGGCUGUUGAGGCCGUGGUGAGGAGUCUGCGCUCCCUGUCUGUGUCUGAUGCCGACGUGAAGCGCGCCAAGAGCCAGUUGAAGGCUCAGCUUCUGCAGGAAACCGAGACCGGCAGUGGGCUAAUCGAAUCGAUUGGCCUGGAAGCUGUUCUCCGUGGCUCUGUUGCUCCUUCCUCGCAGGUGUUGGGACUUAUCGACUCUGUGUCCACCGCUGAUGUUGCUGCUGCUGCCAAGAAGGUUUCCUCGGGCAAGUUGGCCAUGGCUGCCGUCGGCAACCUCAGCCAGGUUCCCUACCUCGACCAACUCAAGUAGACCAACGCGGCAGUGCAUUUCACUCGGGAUAGGCUCCUCCCUGUUGUAGGUGAUGUUCAGCAAAUUUCAACAUUCACGUCUAAAUCAGCAAUGUAAAUUAUUGUUUUAAGUUAAAUAAAUGACAAAGUCUGUUACUA